UGUUACUUUGUUUUUUUUUUGUCCGUCGGGUUUUUUGUGAUAUUAUCAUUUAUCAUCUCGUAGAACUAUCGAACACUAUUAUCAUCUGAUCAUCAUCAUCCUAUUAUAUUAUUAAUAUAUAAAAUAGAAUAGAGUACAACAACAAUAAUAAUAAUAAUAUUUGUAAUAAUAGUAAUAAUAAUAAUAUUAAUAUUGAUGAAACGCAAUAAUGGAGAAAUCAAAAAACUUUGUGGUAUAUUAGUUUUGACAUUACCGACUUACCGUGAUAUCGAACGAUUAUUAUUUAUUGUUAUUGUUUAUGAGUGUGCGUGACAUCGACAACAAUAAUUAACGUACCCUAAACCUCUGCCUAUUGCUCAGGCCCGUUCGUUGUGUGUCCGCUCGUGAUAAUUCCGUCGACAUUCACCCAAGAAAAUUAAGCGUUCGACUACGGCGAUUGGAUUCUGUUUAAUGUGUGGCUGGCCGUCUUGACGUUAAUGAUUUGAAGACAUCUGCUCACGAUUAACAUCAACUGAACUUCGAAACGACGAAAAAAUAUCAAAAUGAACGGUAGCGUGGAAAUUGUUGUUACAGAAAAAUCUGGGGAGAAACGUUUGGUCACUGUCCAAGGAGCCACCGUUGAAACUACAGAUGAUCGACGGGUGCAUGAAAAUAUUGGAUAUGGGAUAUUUGUUCAAGGAUUAAAUGGAGAUUUAGCUCAUCUAUUAUUGGAUCAAGAAGAAGUGGGGACUAUGACUGUAGAAAGUUUAGCAAAAAUAAUCAAUGGUCAAGAAGCUAUAAGUGUAUCUGGACAAAUACAAAUAAAUAAUUUAAAAAUUGAAAAUGUGGAUUUAUCUAAUCAAGAAGGAACAACAGAAAUUUAUAUUGCUGAAGAAAAGAAUAUUGCAAUUGAUAUGGCCAAUGAAGCAGUGGCAAACUGUCAAAGUCUUAUGCGACCUAACCCCAUGGAUGAACUACAAUGUCAAAAAUGUGGCAAACGAUUUUCAGAUGUUAAUGCCUUAAAAUCACAUGAAGUGUCUCAUGAACUUGGGGAAAAUGUUGAUUGUAAAUUUUUGUGUACUGUCUGUGGAGAAAAAUUUGAUAAGGCAAAUGCAUUGAGUGCACAUUUAGUCAUUCAUCGCAAUAUCAAGUUACAUCAUUGUGAAGUUUGUGGAUUAGUUUUUUCUGAUGAUCAAUCUUUAAAAGAACAUGCUCAAGUGCAUUCUCGUCAGAAACUACACGCUUGUGAAAAAUGUGAUAAGAAAUUUCCCUCAAGUUACAGACUGUUUCGUCAUAUGACAAUUCAUACAGAAAAUCCUCCUUUUGUUUGUGAUCAAUGUGGUGUGUCUGUUGCAAAUAAAAGCGAUUUAAAACUUCACAUCAUGAAACAUACUGGGAGUGCUGUGUAUACAUGUACUGAAUGUGAUAAGAGUUUUUUAAAGCCAUCUUGUUUGCAACGACAUUCAAGCGUACAUACUGGUGAACGACCAUUGCAUUGUAAAACUUGUAACAUGACAUUUACUUAUUCCAGUAAUUUGUGUGGGCAUCUAAUAGCUAGUACAAAAGCAAAGCCACAUCCGUGCACUAUGUGUGAAAAAUCAUUUCGACGACCAUCUGAUUUAGAACGCCACAUGAUGAUUCAUACCGGUGAACGACCGUUUGUGUGUCAAGUUUGCUCCAUGUCAUUUAUUACCAAUUAUAAUUUAAAAGUACAUUCAAUGAUCCAUAAUGGGGGUUUACCUUAUCCAUGUACAUCUUGUGAUAAAGCGUUUAGCAAACCUUCAGAAUUGCAAAGACAUAAAUUGGUACACUCGAGAGAAAAGCCAUUUUCAUGUGUCAAAUGUGAAGCUACAUUCACAAAUCAAAGUAACCUUAAAGCUCAUAUGAUAACUCAUACAGGUCGAAAACCAUUCCCCUGUCGUAUUUGCAAUAAAGGAUUUACACGUCCAUCAGAUGUCAAACGUCAUAUGCUUACACAUACUGGUUGUCGUCCUUUUGCAUGUGAUGUAUGUGGCUUGGCAUUUGCAGAUUCAUCAAAUUUGAAAAAACAUUCGUUGACCCACUCUAAAGAUGAUCAAAAACUUGCUUUGCAACAUCAAUGUCCAUCAUGUUGUAUGUCCUUUUUCUCAUAUGAACAACUCAAUGAACAUUUGCUCUCUGGAAAUUGUACCAAUAAUAGUGGACAAGCCGAACCCAAGUACUCGUGCAAAGAAUGUGGUGCUACGUUUAAUCAUGCACUUCACUUACAGGAGCAUGCUAUCAUGCAUUCAAAUCAUAGAUCAGUGCAUAGGUGUGAUGUAUGCAACAAAACAUUCAUUCAAGAGUCAUUUUUGAUUGCACAUAAAGCUUCUCAUACUGAAUCACGACCUCAUCGUUGUGACAUUUGUUUGAAGAGGUUCAAGAGUACAUCUCAUCUAAAGAAUCAUGUGAUGAUACAUUCUGGUGUAAAACCUUUUGAAUGCACUGUUUGUAACAAGUCCUUUUUGAAGCUAGCUUCAUUGAGACGUCAUUAUGCCACACAUGAUCGUAUAAAUUUCUCAUCCGCUGUUUGCCACCAAUGUGGUAAAUCAUUUCUCAAUCAAGAGUAUUUGAAAAAACACAGUGUUGUACAUGCUGAUGCGUAACACAGAUAAAUAUGGAUAAAAAUGAUUUUGUUCACUCGUUAUUAUUAUUAUCAGUGAACUGUAUAAUAGAGUCUUUAAGUAUUGAUCAUUUACAAUUUUUUUGUAGUGAAUACAAUAUGAAGUGUAGAUAAAUAUUAGAUUUUAUGUAAAUAUGAAAUUGUUUUUUAUAAUUGGUAAAUAAUUAUAAUGUAUUGUUGCUUUUUAGUUUUUAUUUAAUUCAAAUGUUCUUUUUAAAUAUGAAAAUUUAUUAAAAUUUGAACAUUAAUUUAAUACAGAUAACAAUGUAUAAUAUUAUUAAAUCAGAUAAUAUAAUUAGAAAAUUAGAAUUUCUUUAAUUUUCAUAAAUCAAUAUUUAACCAAUUAUUUUUUUUUUAUAUAAAAAAUAUAUAUUGUUGUUAAAAUGUUUAAGCCUCACAAGUUCCCAAUAUAAUGUAUUUUUGUAUGAUAAAUGUAGUUUAAAAUAUUUACAUCAAGUGUAAUUAGAUUUUGAUUUAAUUGUAAAUACUUUACAAAGUUAUUUUAUUUUAAAUUAAUGAUUAUUAUUAGUAUUAAUAACUUUUAAUAUUAUAUUUUAUAGCUUAUUAGAGUAUAGAAAUAACUGACUUAAAUUAUGACACUGCACAUAUCUUUUAUUCUUCCCAUAUAGCUUAAUUAAUUAAUGUGCAAAAUGAUUACGAUUUGUACUUGAUUGACUAAUUAUUGAGUAUUUGUUGUCUCCCUGCCAUUAAGCUAAAUAAAGUGUAUAACCCCACUUUCAGGUGCCCAUCAGCAGUUUUUUGUCUAAAAUGCCGGUAUUUGUGAUCAAUAUUACCCUACCUUGAUAUCUUAUGUGCAGGUUAGUUAAGUAUAUAAUCUGUGUAUGAAAGAAAGGUAGAAUAAUUCUUAUAAUAUUUGAAAUUUUAUUUUAUUUUAAUCCAUAUACUAUAUUUUAUGUAUAAUUUCAAGUUAUAUACAUUAAUUAUAAUAGGUUAUUUUCCACACUAUUUAAAAUUGGCACUACAAAUUUUUAAUAAAAACAUCAUUAUAACAAAUUAAAUAUGACAUUUAAGGAUCUAUAGGAUAUUGUCUUAUUUUUUAUUAUUUUUAUUUAGGUGUAAUAUUAGCUAUUAACAAUGCUACUAUUAAUUAUUUAUUUUAAUUUGAAAGUUUGAACAAUAUAAAAAAUAUAGGACAAUAUUGAUAGUCACCUAUGGUAUGGCUGGGUGUUAACAUUUGUAUGGCACGGUGGCAGGGCAAUAACACAAGUACCAAUAAUUAUCUUAACUGUUUAGUCAUAAUUCUGGAUUAUUACAUUGAAAACAUUUCAAUACGCCGGAUCUUAAAUCAAGGUAAAUUAUGUAUGUAAUUGUGCAACUUAUUUUAGAAAGAUGUAAAUAAUAUGCUAAGCAAUAUAUAAAUUUAUAAAUAUAUAUAUAUUUUUUAAAGUACAUAAUAUAAUAUUAGGUAUACUUUUUAUGUAAAUUAAAUUAUAAUUGACAGCUAUUAAAGCUGUUUAUAACUAUACACAUAAUAUAUAUUAUAUAAUAUAUGGACAUGUAUUUUAGUUUUGACCGUAAUAUACAAGCAUAUAUUUUUAGCA